AGAGGCAAGUUGUUCGACGGUGAGUUGAUCGACAGGCACAGACAUGACGGCUUCUUCAAUAGUUGGUCUCCUCGAGAUGACAUUGAUGACGCGCUUUGGCAGACCUGGCUGACCCGCUAGAUCGACCACUACACCUGAGCGCUCCAGCGGCCGUUUCAUUCCCCCCAAUGGCAGCCAUCGCAAAGGCAACCAAUGCGACACUCAACCUGAGCAGCAAGACCGCCGUCGUUUCAGGCGGUACGCAAGGAAUCGGAGCGGCAACUGCCAUCCGAUUCGCCCAACUCGGCGCUUCCGUACUCAUCGUCGGCAGAUCGAAAGAACGUGGCGAACAAGUCGUAUCUCAAUGCGCUCGAGCCAAUUCAAAGGGCAGCCAUGGAUUCGUCCAGGCUGAUCUGAGUCUCGUGACGGGCAUCCGAGCAGCUGCACAGGAGAUCGAGACCAGAGCCGGAUCAGCUGGUGUAGAUUUCUUGGUACAGACACAGGGCGGCCCGCCCAAUGGUCGACAAUCCCUCACCAAGGAGGGUAACGAGUUUCAUUUUACCGUGCAAUGUCUCUCUCGCUUCGGCUUGCCCUAUCUGCUUGCAAAAGCAGGCAAGCUCAAUUCUUCCGUCGUCUGUGUCGGUGCUCCCGGCUCGGGUGUCAGGGACUUUGAUGGCGACGAUAUACAGAGAAAGAAAGCCGGUGGCAAUCUCAUUGGCUCCGGCAAUAGGGAUUCGGUCUUGCUUGAUGUCAUAACAGAGGAAGGAUCAAACCAGUAUCCCAGCUUGGCCUGGUUCCAUGUCUUCCCGGGCUUCGUACUCACCGAUGCGCUAUCAAACCAAGGCUUCCCAAUGCCAAUUGUGCAGCUCGCGAAGCUCUUGCGCCCUAUACUAUCAAGGACGGUAGCGAGCACGCCAGAGUACUUCUCAGAUGUACCGGUCUACCUUGCAGCGAGCGAGCAAGCCAGAGAAGGCCCGAGGUAUCUCAACAACAGACUCAAAGAGCUCAAGCUCAAUCCUUGGGUCGAAUCGCCUGAGAAUCGCCGAAUAGUAUGGAAGCAGCUUCAGGACCUCAUCGGAUCAUGAGAUAGCAUUUGCAUUCGUUGUUGUAGGUACUUUGAUCGGACUCUAUAGCUUUUCCGACAAGAUCC